GUCUUCGAUAAAUGCAAAAAGUUAAGUUAAAAUUAAAAACACAACGACAAUCAUUAACUGUGUCAGGUAUAUUCGGUUGGCGAUGUUGACGUGUACUUCCCGUCCUUCCCCCUGGGCCAUCGAAAUGUAAGUUUACGUAUGGAGUAUACACUGAUAUUGUAGUAGAUCCAUUUCCGGGUCUAGCGAUGUCAUAUUUUGUUCGUAGCCCGUACCAGGAUCCAUAAUGUGGAGGAGGAGCUGCUCGAGUCAAGAUCCUUUUCCUCUCUCACCUCGCAGUCGCACUGUUGAAGCAGUGAAUCAUUCUUUCAUAUCCAACUAUCUCCGCUUUAUGCCUGCGCCGAGCGGUAGCUGGACAGGCCAUUGCAUUUUCGGCAGUACUUAUUCUGUAAGUAUUAAGAUGAGUCAUUGAGCAAUUAGAAGCUUUGGAGCAGGUGCGCCGUGAUAAUAUUCUACUUGGAGUGCGUCUUUUCCUUUGCUCAAAACAAUUGAUAUUAAGCUCCGUAAUCAGGCCUUGAGAGCGGAGAGAGCCUCCUACGUUAGGAAGAUCUAGGAAAGGCCUCUAUUGGCAUUCAUUCAAACAAGUUACACAUACGCUUUUGAACAGAUCAGAUUUGGCAACAGAAUUGAGAACGAUGAUAGUCCCUGGCUUUACCAGCCCCAACUCGACGACCCUAAGGAAAUCAAUUCCAUUUCAUGAUGACAUGGAAGCGUUGCUGGGGGAAUGGAGUUCCGUAGGAACACCUGUACUCUGGUGCGGAUCGGUGCUCCUAGGCAUCGUGUUUUGUAAGCUUGUCUACGACAUUUCCCAAGCACUUAGUCCAGUGAUAUUCCCAAUCUACAACAAACUUACAAAAUCAGAGAAAGUUGAAUGGGACAAUAGGGCUUUUUCAACAGCUCACGCUUUGAUUUCAUCUGGCAUUUCAUUUUACUUAUUGUAUAUCUGCGACUUAUUUCGAGAAUCUGCUCCAUAUGGACCAAUUAUGUUCCGUGGCUCCAUACUCUCACAGUUUGGCCUUGGGUUUUCGUGCGGUUAUUUUAUCGCGGACAUGGGAAUCAUGAUUGUUUUCUACCCGAUGUUAGGAGGCUAUGAAUUUCUGCUGCACCAUUUGGUGUCAACACUGGCUUGUAUUUUAGGCGUGCACUCUGGACAUUGCCACUUCUACAUGUAUAUUGUCCUUCUGUCAGAAUGUACCACACCUUUUAUUAAUCUACGCUGGUACUUGACUAUGACGGGCCUUAAGGACAGUGACGCGUACUUUUACAAUGGAGCAUUUACUGCCUUCUUGUGGCUGCUAGCUCGUGUGAUCAACUUUCUACACUGUUUCUAUCAUCUUUACUCUCAUUUUGACCAGGCGAUGCAGGUCCACACAGUAGGAUUCAUCUUCCUAUUAAUUUCGCCCACCAGCCUGGGAAUGAUGAAUUUCUUCUGGUUCUACAAAAUAAUGCAAGCCAUGGUGCGGACAUUAAGUCGUAAACAGGCCCCUUGAAGUCCCUGAUAGCAUUAACUAUGUUGAUCUCAAGAGGUUGGAAUCAGAGGAAGUCCAUAUCCUUUCUAUUAGUACAAAGCUUUGGUUCCUCAAGGUGAAUGCCUCGGGAAAAGAAAUUUUGCACUUCACUAUGGUUAUUUGAUAUCUGUUCUUAAAUUUUAAGCAUUAAUAUAAACCUCAAUUCUUUUGUCCA